ACUCCUCACCUUUAUGGUCAGUAUCUUCAACACCUUCCCUGGUCAGGGGCUUUUAGUCGUUUUUUUUUUGUUUUUAAACCCAAAUGAAGCACACCAACAUUCCAAUUACAUUGCAAAUCCAAUCUUUCAUAAUGACCAAGGAAACUUCUCUGUGCCUCUUGUUCCUCUCUUUUCUCAUUAUCUCCUCUUCAGGGACUAAAUCCUCAUCAUCUGAUGGAACCACAUUCCUCCACAAAACCAAGAUCUCCAAUUCUCAGAUUCGCUUCUCUGUAACAGAUUACAAGGUUUUGAACACUCUUACCAACACCAACCUGUCGGUUGAUUUCUUCUUGAAUGAAAGCCUUGUUGAAAAUUUUGUUGCUUCAAAAUCAUCUGUUGUUGCAUGGCUCGAAGCUCAUCUUAUAAACAUUCUUCCACAAUUAGACAUCAGAAGCAUCAUUGUUAGUUUUGGCAGUGAGCGUUUGGGCCAAGAUGAGAUGCCUUCACUCACACCUGUUCUGAAAUCAAUUCAUUCGUUUCUCAGCAAGCUUCCAAUUAGAAGGGAAAUAAAACUCUCAGUGGCGUUUCCACUUUCAUUCAUAGAGAAUUUGAAUGCAUCACAUGAAAAUGAUCUCCUUAGGAUUGUUUUGUUUAUGAAGAAAAUAGAUUCAUUUAUCAUGAUAGAAGACAACAUCGAAGAGGGAUUGAGCAUUGUUCAGUCUGUUAUUGAGAGAGCCACCCUUGCUGCUUAUAUUCUCCCUUGCAAAGAUGUUCCUGUGGUUCUUACAAUCAAGAGCCAAGAUGUUCCAAGUUCAAUGGAAUUAUCUCAAUUUAGUGAGGCAGUGUCAAAAUAUCUUGAAGCAGGAUCCCAUUUCACAAAAAGGAUAGUUGCAUUGUAUGCACAAGUACACACAACCAAAGAUUUUGUAGUGAGAGAGCUCAUAUGGGAAGAGGGAGAAGAGAUAUUUCCUUUGUCCCUUGGAGAAAAUCCAAGCAAGGUCCACAUGAGAAGAACCCUACAAGACACACCCAACUCACCUACCACUGUUUUCCCCACAAAUCCAACCCCACCUACACCAGUAAUCACACCUCCAGAUACACCAACCAUCAUCACAGUUCCUUCCACCAAUCCUGUCACAGUUUCCCCCACCAAUCCAGGUUCAACACCUAUCACAGUUCCUUCUACCACACCAGUUGCUCCCUUAGCCCCUACCAAUCCGGUUACCAACCCUGUGACUUCUUAUCCACCUCCGUCAUCUGGAAGUGUUCCUGUCACAAGUUCCAUUCCUCCUCCUUCUCCAAACACAAAUGUUCAAACAGGGCAGAGUUGGUGUGUGGCAAAGACUGGAGUUCCAGAAGCUUCUCUUCAAUCAGCACUGGACUAUGCAUGUGGAAUGCCAAGUGUAGAUUGUUCACAAAUACAGCAAGGUGCGAGUUGUUAUAAUCCAAAUUCUUUACAAAACCAUGCUUCUUUUGCCUUUAACAGCUACUACCAAAAGAAUCCUGCGCCAACAAGCUGUGACUUUGGAGGCACUGCUAACAUAGUUAACACCAAUCCAAGCUCGGGUUCUUGCGUUUUCCCAUCAUCUUCAGGAGCAGGCACAUCCGGCUCUAGUAGUCCACCUUCAGUUUUAGGGUCCCAAAGCCCUUCUAAUAUAGAUACCUCGUAUUCAGCUGGUCUGAGACCUUUCCUUGGCUGCACGGUACUAAUGAUAUCGUUAGUCACUGUUAGACUCACUAUGUAAGUCUUCCACAAGAAUCAACGGUAAAGAUCAAUACACUUCGCUUUGGAAUUAGUUGUGUUGUAAUACUACAAGCAGCCUACAGCUCUACAAGUGCAGAAUCAGAAUGAUAGAAGAAUGAAUAUAAGAAGAGAAUUACGUGAUGAUCACAGGUUAUAUGGUCAGGUACAAAGUAGUAUGUAGUUCAGUGUGCAUUGGUCUGAGUUUGUGUUGGAAUUAUUCAUUUGCAUAUAAAUGGGGGGUUUGCUAUUUUGCAAAAUAAUUCACGUGGAUAUAUAGAGUGAGUCCAGGUUAGCUAACUCACAGAUGGUCAAGGAAACAAUUUCGAAUCAUGUAAGAGCAUAUUUGAAUACAAACUUAGAAGCGCUUUUGAAAAUUUUUCUAUUAAAUAAGAUUUUUGUUAAUAGAAAAGUUCUCAGAAAUGCUUUUAAAAUUGUAUGAAAACAGACUCAAGUCUAAUAAAGAAGUGUCAUGUUCAGUAUAAUCAUAUGUAAAGCUAUAAUUGUGAUAUUGGUAAAUUGUGAAGGUUUAUUGGGAACCACUCCAAAGGCACUACUAUAGAUCAUCAUAGCGGAAUUCUCAUCAUCAUUUGUCAUCGAGCAUGGAUGCUUUUAGUGGAUUUGAAUCAUGAUACUGAGUUACUCACCAGCAUGUUUUUCACUGUCCAUAUCAAAAGCUCUUAUUCAACAUGUUCCUAUUUGUUAGCUAAUGUUUUUUUCUUUCCAAAGUUAUUUAUUAGGAAAUGUUGUUCGUGCAUUAUCCAGACAAAUAACUGCCAUUGCGGCUCAAUCCCCUUUCCUUAUUUAUAUCAAAGAAUGAGGAAUGUUGGCGACAUUUCUCCAUCACUCCUUGGUUGAAAUUUAUUAGAAAUAUCAAA